CCACCCAGCAUCACAAGUUUCCAGACCCAGACAUUUUUACAUUUGAUAUCGCGGCAAGAACAUCCUGACCCGCGAGCAGGCCCGCGAAAUUUCGCAGCCUGGGAUCACCACGACCUUGGCUAACGAACCGGGUCAGAUCGUCAACAUCGACAUUGACUACAUGCUGGCCAAGAACCAAACCGAGUUCGCGGGCAUGGGAUCUGAUAUCUACGGCCGAGCCAUCAACAACCAGUUCGACAAGUGCGAAGCUGAAGGCCGGGCAGUCAGGUAUUGUAGUAGAGCGCCAAAGCAUAGGCGACUGCUGGUUUUGUAGCAUAAGUGCAUGGCUUAGGCAACACUCCACCCUUCGCCCGUGCUAGAGGCAAGCAGAUCGUUUAGGAAGACAAUGCAAAGGUUGUUGCGCGCCGGCAGCAUUUGCUUGUCCGGACUCGCACAUUAGAAUCUCCUAGUGUUGAUAUCGUACAAUUAUUUCCGCCUUUUCAGGUACGUCCAUCAAGAGAACCACUAUGCGGGCGAGCACGAUUCCCGUGGCGGCGUCUACGGUGAACUGAACGCUGUGCACGGGAAGCACACCAAGAAGUUCGUCUCCAUCUUUCCGCAGGAAGCCCAGGUAAUGCAGGUCGGUAUGGCCAUGCGCUCCGUGCUGCCGGAUAACAAUCUGGUCUUCGUCAAGGGACCGCACACCAUCUUCAACGAGCAUGCCCGGGAUAUCAU